GAGAGGGUUACGAAAGCGGUGCAGGUUGAGCACAGAACACAGAAAACCCAGAGAAAGUCGAAACACCGCUGCUCAGGAUGACAAUGAAGUUUGAGCGCACAGACAACCCGUUGUGUGACAGUUCCAGUGUGAGGACUGCGCUUUCGGACCUGUAUCUGGAAACCCUGCUUCAGAACAGAGGCUCAGCCAAGGGCUCCCAAACCAGUGCCAGCUCUCACACAGAGGAGCUUUACACAAAUGGAUCUGCAGCUCCAGGAACAGAGGAAAAGAAGAGAGUACGACUUGUACAGUUUGAAAGAGAAACUGAAGAACCUAUGGGUAUCACUCUCAAGGUGAAUUCACAGCAGAGCUGCAUAGUCGCUCGCAUAUUACAUGGAGGAUUCAUUCACAGACAAGGUUCACUUCAUGUUGGAGAUGAAAUUCUGGAAAUCAAUGGGAAAAGUGUUCGAAAUCAGAGUGUGGAUCAUCUGCAAAGUGUUCUGAAAGAAAGCAAAGGGACUGUUGUUUUAAAAGUGUCACCAUCACAGAGCAAUCGCAAGCCCCCACUUCAGAUGUAUGUACGAGCACUGUUUGAUUACAACCCUCUCUCUGAUGCAUUGAUACCAUGCCGUGAGGCUGGCUUGACCUUUCAUACUGGAGAUAUCCUUCAGAUCAUAAACAAGGAUGAUUCCAAUUGGUGGCAAGGACGUUUACAGGGUGAGGGUUCAGCAGGCCUUAUCCCUUCUCCAGAACUUCAGGAGUGGCGCGUGGCAAGUUCCACUACUUCAAAUCAGAAUCCACAAAGUUGUAGCCCUUUUAGCAAGAAGAAGAAAUGUAAAGACAAAUACCUGGCAAAGCACAGUUCAAUAUUUGACCAGCUUGAUGUAGUGUCCUAUGAGGAAGUGGUUUCUCUACCAGCUUUUACAAGAAAGACCCUUGUGCUAAUUGGCGUAAGUGGGGUUGGACGCAGUCAUAUAAAAAAUACUUUAUUAGCCAAAUAUCCAGAAAGAUUUGUGUACCCAGCACCAUAUACCUCCCGCCCCCCAAAACGUGGAGAGGAGGAGAGUGGCUCCUAUCACUUUGUUUCAGCAGAGGAAAUGAGCCGGGCAAUAUCAGAAAAUGAGUUCUUGGAAUACGGAAGCUUUAGUGGAUAUAUGUUUGGAACAAAGAUCCAGACUGUGAAGGAGCUUCAUAAAGAUGGGAAAGUCGCUAUUUUGGAUAUUGAGCCACAGACUCUGAAGAUGGUUCGUACAGCAGAAUUGGCUCCAUUCAUUGUGUUUUUUUCACCCACAGACAAAGAUGAGUCCGAGGCUCUGCAGAAGCUGCGUGCAGACUCAGAUGUCCUUCGUUCCCGAUAUGCACAACAUUUUGACCUGACUCUGGUUAAUAAUGGAGUUGAGCAGACAGUGCAGGACCUAUUGGAAGCUUUUGAUGCAGCCUGUUCUUCCCCUCAGUGGGUUCCUGUUACGUGGGUGUACUAAAAACUUACCAAUAAGUUAAUCCCAAGAAUCAUUUAUCCAAUUCAGCCAUAAACACUCCACUUAACCUUGGCCCCUAAGUUACUCAAGUCUGCCAUAGAAGUCUUUCUUCCUAUAUAAAACACAUUAGAGAACAGGGUAAUCUCUUAUCAACUGCAAAAUAAAAACAGUUUUUUAGAACAGUGCUGUCCAGCUUUUUUGCAUGUUUUGUGCUGAUUAUUAGUAAGGACAGUCCUGAUCUAGACUAAAGUAAAGGGAGUCUCACAGAGCAUUCUGUUUCUAGAAAACUGGUACAUUGCCAAAGUAGAACAACAGGCAUCUGAGAGCUGUCCCAAACUACCCAACCAGAAAAGCCAGUGAUGGCGUAAAGAUUGCCAGAUCAUGUAAAUCAGAACUUGAUAGUGUUUCUAAUUAUUCACAUGAUUUGGUAAACAUAACAUAGAGAGCAUUGUGCAGCUGAGAAUGCCAUGUAAACCCGUAUACUGAGAAAGUAAACCACACAUACAUUUUCUUUUCAUGCUAUAACUCUGCAGGCCAUUAUCUGACACAUAUCAGAGGUGACUUUAUUGACCAUUGCCUUCUUUACCAGGAAAAUGUACCUUAUUUUAGAAGCAUGGUUUUCUCCCGAUUAUUUCUGUUAGAAUAGUACAGCAUGACUGAUCAGUUUGUGUGCUCAAAACAUCCCUAAUUUGUAUAUCUGCAUUUUUAAAUUGAAAUGGACCUUUUCCAAUUGAUUUCCCAAGCUGGAUAUUAUUCAUAUUAUAUGCUAUGGUCUGUAUUGGAUGUUAAUAUUUUUGCUGAACUGAGCUUAGUAAAAUAGGCAUGCCUAUGAUGCUGGACUGAAUAUAACUGGGUUUUGUGCAUGUUGCUGCUUUGUUCUUGGCCAUUUGCCUUCUUUUAAAAAUCUAUAAAAGCAUCAUAGCAAUGGAUUUUUUUUAACACAGAAGUGUGUAUGUAAAUGCAGAGUGGAAAUUUGUCCUUUUCCAGUUGUUUAAUGUAGAUAUACACAGAAGGAAUGAUGUGCAUUCAUAUCUUACUGUGGGUUAAAGCUAAUCUAACUGUUUGGUUAUAAAGUAUGGUUUGCUUUGCAGUUGUAGGUUUUAAACCCAUAUUUAUAUUUUUAACAGAAAAGUAUGUAAGGUUUAUUACCUUUUCCCAUGAAAGCUGUUUUCAAAUCAUAUCUCACACAAAAGGCUUUGGAAUACAAAUUAAGCUGCCUUUCUAUGACAACUGCACAGAGCACCAAACCAAAUAAGAGGAGAAGAAUUACUCAGGGAAGCUGUAUCAAACUACAGAGGUGCUUCAUAGUGAAAUAGGUCAUCCUAUUGGUUGUCAUUAAUGAAAAGCGAUAUGAUCUGCAGCAAACAGUCCCAAUGUGAGUUUAGAAUAUGUCAUUGCAGCAGCAACAAUACAGGUAUUAUGUAUAUAAAAUAUUGUAAUACUUGUAUGAAAAGAUAAAGCAAAUGAUUGCUGACAUAUACAGAAAGUGCAGCUUUUGUAUUCCAUGCUAAUACAUCCUUAAAGGGUAGAUGUUUGGUAUAAAUGUAAAGGCUGUUUAGUCAUUCAUAAUUGAUGUGAGUAUAGUGCUUACAUAACCCUUUCUGUUUGCAUCGUUCUGAAUCUAUGAUUUGGUUUGGCAUUCCUAUAUUUAAUCAUUUAAUGUGAGCUAUGUUGGCUUGAUAUGUUCAGUUCCAAAAUGAGAGAAUGCUGCAUCAGAGGCUGCUGCUAACUAACUGCUUUCACUUAAAUUGUAUAUAUAAAACGUACAUAUUUAAACCCAGAGAAGGAAAAUAAAAAUGUUUGUCUUUAA